AUUGUACCUCGACUCAUCAAGUCGCAUUUCAUAGGAAACAUGUCACUCCUGAGAUUAAUCAUUUCCACCUUCACCAUCAUAGCUAGCUGCCAAGCUAGCGGAAUAGGACAUCUGGUGCCAGCAGUCAAAUCAAUACCGAUCGUUCGGUAUGCUCCGUUCUACAAUUUCCCGAGCGCAGUGAGAUCGAUACACACAGUAGUACCUCCAGCGCCAGCCUUCGCUCCAGCUUUACCUGCUCCAGCGCCAUUGCUGCCAGCGCCAUUAGCGGCACCUCUACCUGCUCCUGCUUUACCUGCACCCUUCCUGCCACCAAUAGCUCCUGCAGUUCCAGCCCUUCCUCCAGUCCCUGUUGUAGGCCCUACCCAGAUCUUCAGAGCUGUACCCUCUCUCUCAGCCGUUCCGUUCUCACCGAUCGUGAGACCAGUCGCAACAGCUCUUCCAGCGCCUUAUUUUACCCCGGCUGUUGCACCGGCGCCCGUGGCAGUAGCAAGAGCUCCGGUGGCACUUCCAUAUGCGACCCAUUUUCCCCAUUACGCGAAGUACUUCAGCCCUGCUCCGGUGUUUCCCGCUCCAAUAGUAAAGCAAGUCGCAUGGAAAUGAUUUAAUCUCAAAUUUGCCGUGACUUGGUAGUAACGUUAUCUAGUCUUAUUCCGUAGCUCUUAAGUGAUUGUUGUUCAUUGUUAUAAUUUUAAUUAUAAGGCUGUUUUAU